UAGUCAUUUGAUUGGUCGAGAGGCAAAUACACAAACCCAAAUCAGCUUUACGGUGAGUAGGACGGAGAUAGAGAGAGCGUUCCAGAAAAUCAGCGAAAAGGGGUUUAUUUGUUAUUCUGCUGUGAAUUUCCAGGAACUGAAGAUGAUUGAGGUGGUUUGCAACGAUCGCCUGGGCAAGAAAGUCCGUGUCAAGUGCAACUCUGAGGAUACGAUCGGAGAUCUGAAGAAGCUCAUCGCAGCACAGACAGGAACACGGCACGACAAGAUUGUAUUAAAGAAAUGGUAUACCAUAUUCAAAGACCAUGUGUCUCUGGGUGACUAUGAAAUCCAUGAUGGCAUGAACCUGGAGCUGUACUACCAGUAGACCACAGGAGGAACACAAGUCAGCCCUCUUUGUUACACGCAGAGAUGGAGUCGCUGGAAUCUGUUGCAGUAAACCACCAUGAUCCCACAACACAAGUGAAGGAGAGAAGGAACAGAAAACACACAGACAUUGAUCUCAGUUUUAGCUUAUAAUUUUUGCAGACAAAUUAUUAUGUGAAAGACAUGUUCUACAUUUUUUGUUUUGAUAUUUUGGAAUUAAAGCAGAUAUUUACCUAA